AUGCGACCAACGCAGCAUUUCAAACCUCAAGCUUCAGAAUCACGGCUCUUCUGGUGGUCCCUCUACGGCUUUACGGUUGCCUGGAGCAUUCUGGCACUCUUUGCCCUUAUCCGUCUCAAGAUCUCUUACUUGCUCGUGUGUGUGGUAGCCAUUAGCCUCAACACCUCUAAUGUGGUGGGGUACACCAAGUGUCAAAAGGACGCUGCCAAAAAGCUUCAGAACAUGGCAGAUACGGUCGUUAGCCACCAAGUGUACCACACGUCACACUCCCCGCCACCACCCAUGUGCCAGGGCACACACAUCUCAGAAACCUUCUCUCUCAAAACUCUCUCGCUCUCUCUCUCUCUUUCUCUCUCUCAACUAAAACUCUCUCAAGCUCUCUCCCUCGCUCUCGCUCUCCCUCUCUCUCUCUCUCUCAAGCUCUCUCUCUUCCACUUCUUCCUCUGUUCUUUUUUUUUUUUUUUUUUGUUGCAUCCGCCGUCACAGCAAAAGGGGCUGCCCUCCUUCGCCCAGCAUUGGUCCCCGCCCCUUCCCUUGGCACUUCGGAAUAGCAUUCUCUUCUUGCAGACUGGUACCGAACAAGCCAAGCCUCUCCCAGGUCCACCGACGGGACGCAGUUUGCUCCUUCAGAAUGCCGAGGCCGAUGUGCUGGAUCACCUGGAUUUUUUGUUCAAACUCGCCUUUGCCCGCUACGCCCUCCCUCUGAUCGCUGGCCGCAAGUCAGAGCGUAUCCUCACUGCCGUCUUCCCAACCCUUUUCACCUUGGAUGAGCGCAAGGUCAUCGAUGCGCUGGAUCAUCACAAAAUUGCCGGCAUUGCUUGCGAACAAGAUGCUCAGGGCCAUUUUCACUUACACCUCUAUGGUGACGCGGACAUGAGCCACUCCAUGUCCCCAGGCUUUGCGUCAUUCCAGUGGCGCUUUGAGCCCCGAGAACCCAAACACACCAUUGCCUUUGCCAUGUACCGAAACAAAAUUGUCACGCGCAGCGUCGAUCCCACCGAAGACUCCACCAAAGGCGUUGAGGUCCCUGGCGCCCAUUACUCGGGACCCGUCGUGCCCUGCCCCAUCGAACACUCUUGGAAAAAGGGCAUGCCUGCUCCCAUCAGCAUGCCUGGCAAAUCUGUCAUUCGUAUUGCCGAGCCGCUGGAAGCCCGUGCCAUCGGCGUCUGGAUCAAGGUCUUGCAGGCUUGCUUCAAGAAGCGUGCCCCGUUUCCCGCCAAGAAACUCAAAGAUCUGACUACGCGCGUUGGCUUUCGCAUCUGCCCGAAUCUUCACCCAGCGCCCCUAGCCAUCCUAGCGCCCCAUCAUCAGCCAAUGCUCGGGAUCUGCCAAGCAAGCCUGCGAGCAGGCGCUUUGUCCCAUCCGAAUCCAUGCGUGUUGAACCUGCACACCGCCUAG